AUGAAGGUCCUCGCAGGCACCCUGGCUGCUCUGCUCCUUGUGGCCAUCUGCUCCCCAGCUGAGGCCCAUCUCCAUGAUUCCGACACGGUCUUCACCGUCUGCUGCUUCAGCUACACGCACCGCCCCAUCCGGCGCAGCCUCAUCACCUCCGCCUACAUGACCAGCAGCACGUGCAGCCAGCCAGCAGUGAUUCUGGUCACCAAAAAGGGGAGGGAGCUGUGCACGAACCCCCAGGAGCCCUGGGUGCAGGCAUACCUGAAGCACUUCCAGAUGCUAGAAUACUGA